GUUUUCGACCAAACAGGAAGUGAUGCGUUUUACUCGCGCGCCCCUCGCUCUUCUGUAGCCCUCGAAAUCAAUCCAGGAAGUGUUAUCAUCAGACACAAAGUGCACCAUGGGAGGAGCAGUGCUUCCUCUGGUUAUAGCAAGUGUGGGAGUGUUGCUGGUGUUCCAGAUCCUUCUCCGCCUCAGACGGGGAGCGUCCGUCCAGGGUGCAGUCGUGGUCAUCACAGGAGCCAGUUCUGGGCUUGGAAGAGAAUGUGCACGAGUCUUCCACACUGCAGGCGCUCGGCUUGUGCUGUGUGGAAGAGACGCAAGUCGCCUGCAAGAGGUGGUGCAGGAGCUCAGUGGAAACUCAGCAGACGCUCAGCGCCAGACUUUCGCUCCCUGCUCCGUUGUCUUCGACAUGGCCAAAGCAGACUCUGUGGGCAAAGCUGCAGAGGAGAUCCUGAAAUGCUACGGACAUGUGGACGUCCUCAUUAAUAACGCAGGAAUCAGUUACCGUGGCAGCAUACUGGACACCCACAUGUCUGUUCACAGAGAUGUUAUGGAGACCAAUUACUUUGGUCCCAUUUCUCUCACUCAAGCUCUCCUGCCCGCCAUGGUUCAGAGGCGCAGCGGCCACAUCGUCGUCAUCAGCAGCGUCCAGGGAAAGAUCAGCAUUCCUCACAGAUCUGCUUAUGCAGCUUCUAAGCAUGCCACUCAGGCCUAUUUCGACUGCCUGCGGGCAGAGAUGGGGCACCUGGGUAUCCCAGUGACGGUGAUCAGCCCUGGGUACAUCAGAACCAACCUGUCUGUCAAUGCUGUAACUGGAGAUGGAUCCAAGUAUGGAGUUAUGGAUAAAACCACGGCGUCGGGAUGGGAACCCAGAGAUGUGGCACACGAGGUUCUGAAGGCCGUCCGUCUGAAGAGCAAAGACGUGGUUUUGGCCGGACCCCUGCCCACGGUGGCCAUCUAUCUCCGCACACUGUGGCCCGCGCUCUUCUUCAAACUCAUGGCGUCGCGGGCUUGCAAAGAGCAGAAACGCAAAGACGAGUGACGCGGCAGCUACAGGGGAUUAUGUAUGAGUGAGUUGGGCCAAACUGAGACUCUGGACGCUUGAGGUCAAACGGAUUUGAAGUGGACAGAGUGAGCGCUUAGGUAAUUCUUCACGCUGCUGGACCCGGUUCCGGGAAGCCAGCGUGUUUUUUUGCAUAAUGUGGGAUGACUGUUAAAAUGUUCUGGAACUGAUCAGGUGAGCCCGGCUGCUACCUGCUAGAAAUGACCUCUCAAUAUGACCAGAAAUCUAUUUCAAUGUCAUUUGUAAAUGCCACAUCACUAUUUAUCAUAAACAGAAGUAUUAGAGACCAAAUGAAACAGGAGGCGAUGUGAUAUCAACUGCAGUUUUGUUAAAUGACUAAAUAACCUGAUCACAAUGAAUAAAAAUCUCCCAUGUUUUGGUUCUGA